UUUCAGUGAUAUAGGUAGCGCCUCUGUGAAGGUAUUGUGACAAGUUGGUUGAUUGAUUGGCAGUGGUGGCCAUGGCGCCUAAAUGAGAGGGAGGAGGAAUGCAGGUAAAAUGAAGGUGAUACCGGUACAUGGUAUUGCUGAAGGAUGUGGUGUCUGACAUGCUCACUGGUCAACUGUACAUGUGAGUGAGUGAUGAGUUGAUGACAAUAUGUAGUAGGAACAUGCAGGAUCAUCAUUCGUUUGGAGUCUCGAGAAGAUUUGACCUUGUCCCAGAAAAGGGACGUUGCGCUUUAGCAUUUGUUUUUGCAACGUACUCUAGUCUAGCAAAAGCAGAAGAUGGAUGUUGACGCUGCAACUGUGUUUCAUGUAAUCCUCCCCUCCCAAUACAAUCAUAAGCCUUUUGGCAGCUGCUUGUUGGCAGGAAACAGAUCCUUGUCCUUGAAAAAGGCAAGGAUGAUACGAAACCGGAAGCUGCAUUGCAGGUGUCUGUAAGUCUGUGUUCAUGCCAAACGACAACAGCGGCUGGAUGUCCUGAGCUAUUUGUUGCUUGGAAGAAUCAGACUUUGUAUCGUAUAUGUUAUGUGCUCGGCAUGGGUUGUGAUUGACUUGUUUGAAGAGGUGACAAACCUCUGUAUGUUUGCAUGUAUCAUUUCUUUUGUUAUCUCUUCAACAGACACCUGUAUCUGUUAUGUAUGGUCUCUUUAACAGAAGGAUGUUAUCUUAACAGAAGAUAGUAAUCAGUAUAUCACUAUACAAACCUCUGUAUCUGUUAGUCUUGGCAACAGAUUAGUAUCUUCUGUUAAGGUUGUCAGUAGUACAUAAUACUAACAAGCUGUACUGGUACCAAAAACUAUCCACCCUUGCACGCCGUGUCACCAUUGCUUCUACAGCCGGUUCACUUUUGUCACUUGUGGAGUAGAAGACAAUGGUGUGGACGGAAUUCAGCAGGCGGCACUUGAGAGGAGUCCAGAGAAGAGAAAGUGAAUGAAUCAAAACAAAAAUGGAGAGGUGAUCGAUCCGAUCCCUUUGGUUUUGCUGGGCCAAGUGGCGGGGCGGGGCGGCGCGGCGAUACCCCCGAGACUGGAGGCACAGCACACAGGCUCCCCCUCCUCCUCUGCUGGUCUAUUCUCUCCUUCAUCAUCAAUCCCAAGGAGGAGGAAAUGGCAGCGACUGCCGCCUCGGUUUUUUUCUUUCUUCUUUUUUUGCCAACAAACAAAAACAAAGCAGCAGCGGUGGAGGGACAGAGGAAACAACCACAUGCGAUUCUUGGGGAUGCCGCCCCUCCCACCAAUCUAAGCGAACCACGGGCAGGACAUUGUUCGUCAGUCGUCACUGCCUGCCCUCUAAAUUCAACUUCACUUUUCUUCUCCUCUCCGCCCGCCAGGGAGGCGCCUCCAAUCUCUAGUAUAUAUCCACGCUGCCGCUCCGUCCUCCUGCUUUGUUCUUGGAUUGCCCGGCCGGCGGUGUGGUUGGUUUCUUGAUCUGCAUUAUUUAAUAUAAUUCGGACCGCCGCCGCCCGCCUACUCGCCGGAGAUGGAGAACGGGCACGCCAAGUACCGGGUGGCCGUCAUUGGCAGCGGCAACUGGGGCAGCGUCGCCUCCCGCCUCAUCGCCUCCAACACCGCCAAGCUGCCCUCCUUCUAUGAUGAAGUAAGGAUGUGGGUCUUUGAGGAAAUACUGCCAACAGGCAAGAAGCUAUCCGAGUCCAUUAACGAACAAAAUGAGAACUGCAAAUACUUGCCAGGUAUAAAGCUUGGAAAGAACGUUAUUGCCGACCCUGACUUGGAGAGUGCAGUCAAAGAUGCCAAUAUGCUGGUUUUUGUGACUCCCCAUCAAUUUGUGGAGGGUAUAUGUAAGAAGCUUGUAGGGAAGCUAAGACCAGGAGCUGAGGCUAUCUCCCUCAUCAAGGGCAUGGAGGUCAAGAUGGAAGGACCGUGCAUGAUAUCCAAAUUAAUCGCGGAUACACUUGGAGUCAAUUGUUGUGUCCUCAUGGGUGCUAACAUUGCAAACGAGAUUGCUGUUGAAGAGUUCAGUGAAGCAACAAUUGGGUAUAGGAAAGAUAAGGAAGUGGCAAACCGAUGGGCUCAACUUUUUACCACACCCUACUUCCUAGUUUCUAUCGCAGAAGAUAUUGAAGGAGUAGAGCUGUGUGGAACUCUGAAAAAUAUCGUGGCUAUUGCAGCAGGCCUUGUUGACGGCUUGGAUAUGGGAAACAAUACAAAGGCUGCAAUAAUGCGGAUUGGUUUGCGAGAAAUGCGUGCUUUCUCUAAGCUUCUGUUUCCUUCAGUCAGAGAUAACACAUUCUUUGAGAGUUGUGGUGUCGCUGACCUAAUAACCACAUGCCUUGGCGGGAGGAACAGAAGAGUGGCUGAGGCCUUUGCACGAAAUGGUGGCAAAAGGUCUUUUGAUGACCUGGAGGCCGAGAUGUUGCGUGGCCAAAAACUCCAGGGAGUGUCCACAGCAAGGGAAGUCUAUGAAGUCUUGACUUAUCGAGGAUGGCAGGAGCUGUUUCCUCUGUUAUCCACAGUGCAUGAGAUUUGUAUUGGACAAUUGCCUCCUACAUCAAUAGUUGAAUACAGUGAGCACACGCCCAACCUCUCCCUCAUCGGUGGUCCUACUCCAUUCUACUGAGCUAGAUACUGCAGUUUGGACUACUGCUCCAGUUCUCAGUAUCACUUGUUAUAAACUAAGCAAGCUGAGAUAUACUGAAUAUCUGAAACUGUUUUGCAUAUAAAUAUGAUUUCAGUCAUGUCACCUUAUUAGGUGCAUGACUUUAUGAAUCUGUGAUUGUGUAUCCAGUUAGUUGCCUAUUAAUACUAAUUGGACAUCAGUUAAUGAGAAUCAGCUUAUAGUUUGUAUUGAAGAAAUAUGUGGUAUGAUUCCAAAAUGGCAGCUCAAGAUCAAGAACUA